CUUUUUUUCUUCUUUUCUCUUUUUAUGAAUUAACGUUUACCUCAAUAUGAUGUAAUCAUACAUUCGUUAUUCUUUAUCGUUUUUCCGCGAAACGCCACGAUUAUCGUUUAUUUUGACGUCGAUUUGAUGUGUCGUUCUCACGUAUAUUUCUCUUGUGCACGGAAACUUCUUCAUCUCACACUUCAGUCAAUCGUCGACAUCGGUCGUGAAAGUUGCGUUGCACAUCGUUAACCGAACAUAGUCGCCAAAAUUUCUCAAAGUACAUAAUAUAUCUGUGAAUAAAAAAAUAUUUGUGUAAAUUUUGUGUUCUUUUGAUUCAAAAUGUGAAUUUUAUUUGACAAUCUCAAUUGCGAAAUGUGAAAGAGAUUUUAGAGCUGAGAAGAAAACGGAUUACUAACAAGAUGGACUAAUCAAAUUAAGUCACCGCACAAUGGUGAGCAAACUCUGGUGUCAAGAGAUUGGCUACAGGUGGAGACAGGCGGCCAAACAGGAGCCACCACAGGCGCGUGUGCUGUCCGAACCGAAGUGCCAGUCGUACGUGGCCAUCUGGUAUCUGUACUACCGCUGGAUCAUCUUCCUCGUCUGGGCCGCUUUUGUCAUAUGUUCGAUGUUUGAAUUUGGCAGUUACAAACCAUUAAUGCAGUAUGAGAAAUGGCCAAUCUAUCUGACCAACUGGGACAUAGCUCUGGGCUUUACACAAGCGCUGAUUGGCGGUAUCCUUGUAUCGAAGCGAUGGCGAUUGCAAAAGAUAUCCGGCUUUGAUCCUUGCAAUCUCAAACUGGAGUCCACUGAGCGAUUAUACUGGUUUCUAUACGUUGUCACGACUAACAUGGCAAUUGGCGUGACGGUGAGCUACUGGCUCGCCGUAUAUAAUCCAGCGAUCCAUCAGGUGGACCCGCUCAAUAUCAUGAUGCACGUGUGUAACAGCGUGCUGAUGCUGAUUGAUCUAUUUGUUACCAACAUACCGUUCCGUCUGCGAAACUUCUGGUGGUGCCUAUCGAUCGUUAUGUUCUAUGUAAUCUUCUCAGUGAUUUACUAUCUUGCUGGCGGCCUUGACAAGUAUGGUUAUCACUACAUCUACAAAAUUCUUGAUUGGAAGAAGCCAGUGCGGACGUCACUCGUUUGUGUUGGCGGUUUCACGUUCGUGACAGUGCUGCAUUGCAUCACUUGUUUGUUGGCGAACAUCAGAGACCGGAUCUAUCGCAAGACUGCUGAGAAAAUCAACAAACCUGUGCAGAUAAAUAUGACGAAUGAUAAAUCGCUUCCAGAAAAACCAACGGAAGUAGUUUAAUCAUUAAAAAUUUAUAUAGAAAUAUUUAUUAAUAUUCUUAGCACAUAAGGUCCCAAAGCAUGGAACAAUCUAAUAUUCGAUAAGUUGAAAUGAAACGUGUUUUCUUGACAUGAUUGCGUCUGUGAGUCUUGUAGAGUCUUUCUAGUAAGCUUUCUGUGACCACUCAACUUGCUUGUAAAAAUGAAAAAGUAUUAAUAGGAAGUUAACAGUGAUAUAUACAACUUUGAGUUUCAUCCUUAGCAAUAUUUCUAGUAAACUAGAAAAACAAUAAUAUAAUUGCUAACGAUAGUUAUACUGAUAUAAAUAGUAUACUGAUUAGAGAUGGGCGAUACAGCGCCGAUAUUUUAAAUAUUUACAGACUUUUCUCCUCGUUAUUUUGUACCGAUAUUUCAUC